AUGGCCGCCAUGAUGCCUAGCGGAACAGCUUCCGCGAACCCAUACGAGCACUACGAUCAGGAUCCGCUCGAAGACGAUCUUAUUGAUCCAGAUGAUGGUAUUUGGUUAUCUAGAGAUCUGGGGUUGACAGAUACUGAUUGUACGAANGCUGCUCUGGACCUCGAAGACCCGCUCGCAUCAUCCUCCGACCGAGCACCCCUGACAGGCAACAUCCAACAAUCAGCUGCUCGCGCUCAAAAUACUCAGUCCUAUCUGAACAACACUAUCGGUGGUGAAGACCGUAGAGCACCUCAAAAUACUAUCGACGAAAGUGUCUGGGAUACACUAUCACGAGACCUGCUCGCUAUCUGGGAGAAGAUGCGCCAAGUGCUGUACCCCAAGUAUCUUUUAGGUGGUCUACUACAGCGUGGUGGAGGUAUGGGCGGUGCAGAAAGAGCCGAGGGAGACAGUCUCAGCGGUGGUGGUAUGAACGGACUGGUAGGCAGAUGGCCAGACGCAGACACCGUUCUGCAGAGUGGCAUGAGUGAGGGCUUGAGGGACUGGGAUCUCUGGUACGCACAUCCAACCACGACUUUUGCUGUCAAAGAGCUAACAUGGAAACAGNNGGGCCCGCUCGUAUUCUGCUUGCUUCUCAGCUUCCUUCUCUCGCGCGGCGCACAGGACGAACAGAAGUCGAUAGUCUUCUCCGGAGUCUUUGCUACUGUUUGGAUCGGAGAAGCCGUCGUCACACUCCAAAUCAAGCUUCUAGGAGGCAGCAUGUAUGCUAAUUCUCUCGGCUGGCCGCUUUUCAAAUGCUAA